GGCGCCAUGAUGGAGAAGGAGAAGGUGGAGCAGAUCCUGGCGUUGCUGAGGUCUGCCAUCGCGGAGCACGACCUGCGAGCCCUGGACGCGGCCAUGGACGAGUGCGGCGUCGUCGGCUUGGCCGAGAAGGAUCUAAAGGAGGCGCUGGACGAGAAGGGCCGCCUGCAGAAGCUCCACGGGGCGCUGCGGGAGGCCGUGGCGUGGAAAGACUCCCAGAGCCUGCAGACCGCCAUCGAG